UUCUCUAGCUGGCUCUCCAGCUAGGAUUCGGAGAGUCUGCUGGUCACCAUUGGCAUCAUUCUGGGCGGCUGGAAAGGUGUAAUCGUUUGCAACGCACUAGAGCUUUCUGGCGUUGAACCAGGUUCAACAGCUCAGCUACUAUACUGAGUUUCGUGUUUGUGCAAUGCUGGGCUGGAUUACAAGCACAUAUGCUGAAGCAAGAAACAACACUGCUUUGAACGUCAAAGAAGCACCUGAUGUCAAGCUCUACGCUUAUCAAGAUGACACCAAAAGGGGGGGUGCUUGGCUGCCCUCAUGCCGGAAGAGUACAACGGCGUUCAUUGUCAAUCUUCUCCCCUUCCAGUCCUCCUCGCUCGGUAUCUGCUUCUCCAAGCAAUAAUAUUCGUCUCCAACGACAGUCAGGGUUUCAUAAAAGUAGUGCCAAUCCUGCCUCCAUGCAACCUCUCCACUCAAGCAAGGAAUCAGGCAAAGAAUUUCUGCGUCAUGAAGCAAAGGUUUCAAUAGGAUGCAGAGGGAUGUAUGUAGGAUGCAAACGUGGACUCCAUGUAAGUAGACAAAGAAUGCUGUGUGCGGUUGGUGCCUACUCUUUGGAUUGGAAGGCUGUAAACCACAGAUGGAAAAUUGGAAGGUCCUUGGCGCCUCAACCAAAGGGCCGCUGCGUCGCGUCUAAAGUGGCUAGUGGUGCAAGGGCAAGCUCGGACUAUGUUCGCGUUUUGUCAACCCUUCAGACAGACAUCCCAUUCCCAGAAUUGUAUGGGGUUCCGCUUGAGCAGUACAUGACUGAGACUCAGCGCAUAUUCUCUGCCGUGUUUCCUGACACCCACCGCGCCCAGCGCCUUAGCCCCGAGGUGUGGCGCAUCUUCAUGCUCCCCAUCAACUUCUUCUUCCUCAGCGUGCGCCCCGUGGUCGACAUGCGGGUGUGGGUGCACGACCCCUCGGUAGAUGGUCCCCGCCCUGGAGCGACGGCGACCGGAGGAAAGGCACGGAAAAUGGUGUGCCUGGAGGCACUCCGGUGUGAUCUCCGAAGCCUGGAUUACGUGCUCAAGCCAGACGACUUCAUCCUGGGCGCAAACGGCGCCCUAUACCCUGAGCGCACCGGCCCCGCGGCGCGCCUCCGAGGCAGCAUGCACGUCAGCAUCAGCCUCGCCGUGCCGCCCGCGCUGUUCUUCACGCCCAGGGGACUGCUGGAGCCGGCGGGGAAUGCGGUCAUGGAGCAAUUGCUCCAAAACAUGAAGAACAAGGUGAACAGCCAGCUGCUGGUGGACUACCGGGCAUAUGCUCAGGAGGAAGCAGCAAAGCGACGACAAAUUCAAAGCGACUGAGUGGAGGAGGCGUUGUCGGCCCCUCAUUAUUCCUCCUCUGCUGAAUGUACCAUAACCCCAUUCUUUUAGGUGGUAAUUGCACGCUGCUUGUGAUGUAACGAUGCACUUUUGACUGCUUACUGGAGUUCUCGGUCUAGGUCAAGACGUGACGCUGUCAUCAAAAAUGCAGCCUAGUGCGUCGAUUUUUUGCAAGUAUGAACUAUAUUGUACUUUGUCAAAUGCAAGACCAGCUGUUUUAUUAUAAGACCGUAUUGCAUGUGUUC